UGCUCUCAGGAAACAAUAGUACAAUUUCUGUGUUUCUUAGACCUUGCGAUUGCAGGACGAGAUUUGGCUUGCAAAUUGUUUUCUGCACUGACCUUCCUUCUGAGUCCUUUGUAGAAAAUGUUAAAUGCGCUAGGUGUGAUCGUGUCCGGCAGAUUGGUGCAAACUGAUUUCCAGCAAAUUAAUAAUUCACAUUUUCUAAUCAACAUUCCGGACGCGGAUAACGUAAACCACGUCGUGGUGUUCCUCACCGGUACAGCGCCAUUUCCCGAAGGAAUGGCCGGAGGAGUGUACUUUAGCUGGCCCGAUGCAAAUGCUCCUCCCAACUGGCAGCUGCUGGGCUACAUCUCCAACUUGAAACCGUCCGCUAUAUUCAAAAUUUCUCAGCUCAAAAAGCUGGAUGAAAUUGCCAAUCAGAACGUAAUGAUAAGCAACGUGUUCGGUAGCAAUCUGCCGAUCUCCCACAUCGCCCAGAUCGGUGUGUCGAUCGAACCGGAAACAACGCUAAUACAGCAAACGCCUGCAACGACGACGUCCAGUACCUACUAUCAGUUCGGUCAGAAGAUUCUGGAGAACUUCUUCAACUUCGUCAGCAGCUUCUCGGUGACUCAGAGCCAGAUGGCGCCCAACUUCAACGAAACGUACGUGCCGCUGUCCACGCUUCAAACGUGGUACACCAAUUUCGAGCGCAGGUUACAGCAGAACCCCAACUUUUGGAAAAACUAGAUCUCUGCCACAGGUUUGCGAUACGGGCACGGAAGGAAAACAGUGAUUUUAGCUAGCGUGUGAGGUAUCGAAGCUUUUAUUUGUAUUUUUGUAAUCAUGCGUGUUUAUUAUAGAAAUAAAAACAGUUAAAACU